UAAAGACAUCUCAAGGGAAACGCCUCGGAAAGCGUGCCAGAUAGUUGGUGUCCUGGAGCUUACCGCAAUCCUCCCACCGCCAGGCGUCCCUAGCGACCUAGUAUACUCCCUCUCGCGAUUCGAUGCGCCAUCAAUUGGCUAAGCGCUCACCAACAUCACCUAUCCACGCUUUCUUCAUGUUGUACACAACCUCCACGGGGCCAUGACUACCGAGUUUCCACCCUUUCCCAAUGGCUCCAGCUUCGAUGCCAAGUUCGACGGCCCAAUAUCGGAUCUCAAAGCAAACACGACCGACCUCAACGCUGCCAAGGGCACAGAACAAAAAGAAGCCGUUAUAGAUGCGGGCCUGAGAAGUCUAGAUCAUUAUAAACGAGCUCUUCCAAAAUGGCGGUACGAUCUACGUCAACAAGCUCUUCCACUCAUUCGCUGGGAGACGCCAUACCUAGCCUGGCUCCAGGCGAAGCUGCGCUCUCCUGCUCUUGAUAGCUACUUUGCCAUUACUGCCAAUCUCGGUACUCAUACCUUCUUUAUGAUUGGGCUUCCCAUCAUGUUCUGGUGUGGUUUUGCAUCCUUUGGAAAGGGAUUGGUCCAUAUCUUGGCUUCCGGUGUAUUCUUCACAGGCUUUAUCAAGGACUUCUUCUCUUUGCCACGUCCGCUGUCUCCGCCCCUACAGCGGAUUACAAUGUCAGGUUCUGCUGCCUUGGAGUAUGGUUUCCCUUCAACGCACUCGGCCAAUGCCGUCUCAGUGGCAGUCUAUGCAAUACUCUGUCUUCGGUCACCAGACAACACAUUUCAACCUAAUACGAAACUGGCGCUAGAGUCAUUAUCAUAUUUUUACGCUGUUAGCAUCGUGCUUGGCCGUCUCUACUGCGGCAUGCAUGGCUUCGUGGAUGUGGUGAUUGGAUCUAUAAUGGGCGCGCUCAUAACCCUAAUCGAGUUUUACUAUGGUCCUCCGUUAGAUUUUUAUUUCCAGCAGAACGACUGGACAAUGAUGUUUGCUGCUGUUUUGGCAAUUAUUGUUCUUGUCAGAGUGCACCCCGAGCCGGCUGACGAUUGUCCAUGCUUUGACGACAGUGUCUGCUUCGCUGGGGUCAUGAUUGGUCUUGAAGUUGGGACUUGGCAUUUUGGUCAAUCACCGUUCGCGACCAUACCAUUUGAUCUCCAUGCACUUGGAUGGCCAGCGGUGAUCCUGCGUGUUCUGUUUGGUGUAUUCGUUGUCUUUAUCUGGCGUGAAGUGGCCAAACCUACUCUGCUGAAGACUCUUCCUCACCUCUUUCGGCUCAUAGAAACCUGGGGUCUUAGCUUGCCGAGAAGAUUCUUCAUGCCUGCUUCGGAGUACAAGAACAUCCCGCUACGUUUAAAGGUUGAUAACGUUUUACCUAGCGUCAGCGAUCUGCCUAAUUUGAUCACAGCUGUUCGCCAUCCCAGACGUGGUAGAUCCGUGUCCAUUGGCCCUCAGAGCGCUGCAGAUGCCUAUGAAACCUUGGCCUACCGAGAAAGAAGGAGAAAAGAGAGUAAUGCUAGCUUGCGCUCCAAAGUCAGCAUGCAAGAACUUAAGAGUGACCAAGUAGGACACAGCACUGCGGUCAAUGGCCAACAAAAGCCCAGCGAUUUCGAAAAGCAGAUGGGUGAAGGCACCGUAAUUGUUUCACCAACCAAUUCAAAGAAAGCCAAUGGAGAGCCGGAAAUGUAUAUUGGCAAUCAGGACGAGUUAAGCGACAAAGAAGUCUUUUCUAAGCUGGUUAGGCCCCGCGUCAGAUAUGAUGUUGAGGUCAUUACAAAACUCGUUGUCUAUGCUGGUAUCGCAUGGUUCGCUGUAGAAGGUGUGCCCAUUUUAUUCGAGUAUAUUCCUGGCCUUGGUGCUGGCCAUCUGCAGCUGAGAUGAGACGUUUCCCUCAUCAUACGUUAUGUGAUCACGCAUUUGAGAGUUCAGGGCUGUUGAAUCAUGGCCCCUGGUUUACGGAUCAAGCCAGGGGCAAGGCGUUGGAGGUGCAACCUUUCUGUACACUCUUGCCCUGUUAUUGCUGUCCCUUUAUAUGGGAUGCGGCAAGAGUC